AAAAAAAGCUCUUACUUCCCGCUUCUGCUAUCGCUUGCGCCGUCACGCUGCCAUGCCCUGCUCUGAAGAGGCACCGGCCAUCUCUCCCAGCAAGCGGGCCCGGGCUGCGGAGGAGGGUACCAUGCGGCUGCGCUUUUCCCGCCUUUCGGAGCACGCCACGGCCCCGACCCGGGGGUCUGCGCGGGCCGCGGGCUACGACCUGUACAGUGCUUAUGAUUAUACCGUACCACCUAUGGAGAAAGCCAUUGUGAAAACGGACAUUCAGAUAGCUCUUCCUUCUGGAUGCUAUGGAAGAAUAGCUCCACGUUCUGGCUUGGCUGCAAAAUACUUCAUAGAUGUGGGAGCUGGUGUUAUAGAUGAAGAUUAUAGAGGAAAUGUUGGUGUUGUAUUGUUUAAUUUUGGCAAAGAAAAGUUUGAAGUCAAAAAGGGUGACAGAAUUGCACAGCUCAUUUGUGAACGGAUUUUUUAUCCAGAAAUAGAAGAAGUUCAAGUUUUGGAUGACACUGAAAGAGGUGCAGGAGGUUUUGGUUCUACUGGGAAGAAUUGAAAUUUAUACCAAGAAUGGAAAAUGAAAAACAUACUUUUUUCUUAAAAAAUAAAAUUUCUGUUUAACAUG